AGCUCGUAAGCUUUAUCACACUUAAGGCUUCUAUUUUAUGCUCUUAAUGUAGAUAUUUGAAUGUGGGCGCAUUUUAUAGCUGCACAGCAUAACAAUCGGAGAAAUCAAGCGGCUCUAAAAUGGUACAGUCUGCGCACGGCUUCAAGUUUACCCAGUUAUUUGCUCUUCUGCUCCGAGUAGAGUAACGACCUACCGGGAGCGCGCGGUGAUGGUGUUAAGGAAGCGAUCAAGAUCCGCGUUUUCUUUCUUCUGCUGACACUACAGAGAGUGUGUUCAUUGUAAGUAGGGCUGUCAGAGACACGCUCAUUCAGUCACCCACCGGUAUUACUAACAGGACUGACUGGGAUUCACUGCGCUCUGCUGGCUCCGCGUUAACGCUAUGGGCUCAGUGUGAGUGAAGAGACAAAGACUUUGGGAUAUACAUACAUGCAUACAUAUAUGUUUGGCAUUUGGCUUUUUGUCAGUUUCUCAAAUGCAAACGGAAAUAUGUGGCAAAGCUUCGUCUUACUCUUAACCGGUUUGCUUGGGUUGUGUUCAUGUUCAAGUUUCCCAAGUAACAUCAACAUAGGAGGUUUGUUUCCAACCGACUCCCAUGAAUACGACGUGUUCCGUUUCGCGCUCUCUCAACACAACGAUGUUCCUAAACUGGUACCACAAGUGGACAUGGUGGACACGGGGAGCAGCUUUGCCAUGACAUACGCCUUUUGUUCCCAGUUCUCCAAAGGAGUUUAUGCCAUCAUCGGCCUGUAUGACAGGAAGACCAUGAACAUGCUGAUGUCGUUCUGUGGCGCUCUGCACGUGUGCUUCGUCACGCCCAGCUUCCCCAUCGAUACCAACAACCAGUUUGUGAUCCAGCUGAGACCUGAGCUCCAGGAUGCUCUGAUCGGCCUUGUCGAGCACUACAAGUGGACCAAGUUCGUCUACAUGUACAGCUCAGACUCAGGUCUGACAGUGCUGCAAAAGAUCUUGGACACUGCUGCUGAGAAGACCUGGCAGGUGACAUCCAUAAACUUUGACACCCUGACAGAAGCAGCGUUCUUGAAAGCCAUCCAAGAUCUGGAUAAUAAAAAGGAGUACAGGAUCAUUUUGGACUGUGAGCUAGAGAGACUCAACUCCAUCUUAAACUUGAUUGCGGCACAAAAAAAGAACUUGAAGAACUACCAUUACAUACUAGCAAACCUGGGAUUUCUGGAUCUUAAUCUCACAGAAUUCAGGAAGGGAGGUGCCAAUGUGACAGGCUUCCAGCUCAUGAACUACACAAACCCUGCUGUCAGCAGGACAAUACAAGACUGGCUGGAGUUUGACAGUAAAGACUUGAAAAGUCCCAAAAGGAGGCUUAAGUACACUGGAGCCCUCACAUACGACGGAGUGACAGUCAUGGCCACUGCGUUCCAGAACCUGAGGAAGCAGCGCAUUGAUAUCUCUCGCAGGGGGAAUGCAGGAGAGUGUCUGGCAAACCCUCCCGCACCUUGGGGCCAGGGCAUCGACAUUCAGAGAGCACUACAGCAGGUGCAGUUUGAAGGGCUUACAGGACAUGUUCAGUUUAAUGAAAAAGGACAUCGAACCAACUUCACCGUCAGUGUAAUGGAAUUUGGCCCAAGCGGACCCAAGAAAGUGGGCUACUGGAACCAACAUGAGAAAUACGUGAGCACUGCUACUUACAGCAACAUGCUCAACGAGACGUUUGGACUGCAAAACAGGACCUACGUAGUCACCACCAUCUUGGAGUCUCCAUAUGUGAUGCUGAAGAAGAACCACGAGCAGCUCGUGGGUAAUGACAAAUAUGAAGGUUAUUGUGUGGAGCUGGCUGCAGAGAUCGCCAAGCACGUGGGCUAUUCCUACAGACUAGAAAUAGUGGGGGACGGAAAGUACGGAGCCAGAGACUCAGAGACAAUGAUGUGGAAUGGGAUGGUUGGAGAACUAGUGUAUGGCAGAGCAGAUAUAGCCGUCGCACCGCUAACAAUCACGCUAGUGCGAGAGGAAGUCAUUGACUUUUCUAAGCCCUUCAUGAGUUUGGGCAUCUCCAUUAUGAUCAAGAAACCUCAGAAGUCCAAGCCAGGUGUGUUCUCCUUCCUGGACCCUCUGGCGUAUGAGAUCUGGAUGUGUAUCGUUUUCGCCUACAUCGGAGUCAGCGUGGUGUUGUUCCUCGUUAGCCGCUUCAGUCCCUACGAGUGGCACCUGGAUGAGACUGAUGAAGCCAAAGACCCCCAGACCCCUCCAGACCCGCCUAAUGACUUUGGGAUUUUUAACAGCCUGUGGUUCUCUCUAGGGGCCUUCAUGCAGCAGGGCUGUGAUAUCUCACCAAGGUUGGUGGAUCACUUUAUGAGCAUAAAAUUAAGUGGGUUUGCACGUGUAGGUGACAAUUUAUCACAGGUUUAGAUGCACUGGGGUCCCUUCGGUGGGAUAUGACCAUUUCAGAUUUUCAAUAUGGCUUUAGACCAGAUUAUAAUCUUCUCAUCUAUCAGUAAAAAGGAACGUAAAAGUUCUGAAAAGGUUAAUGUAUAGAACAUUGCUGAAGGAGCAGUGCUGGGUAGUAUUGAAACUGUAAUCCGGAUCCAAUAAACAGGCACUUAUUUAAAUUAUAUUGAAAUUUAAAACGCUUAUAAUCAGACUACAAUCACGUUUUAUUGAGUGCAUGAUUGCAUAUUACUCAAAUGGUCACGUGACAUACAGAUAAACAGGUACAAUCUUCCAUGUUUUUUAAUAAGUGAUUUGUUUUGAUUGGAAAUGUUUUAAAUAUUAUUUUAAUCCUAAUUAUUUUUUAUGAUUUUAUUUAUUUUUAGAUUUUCGUAAACUGCAUUUCCUUCACGAAUCCCACUUGAUAACAGUGAAUGAAGUAUAUAUAUAUAUAAUUUAUUAUUGCUAUUAUAUUGCUCUAUUAUUGCUACCAUCUGUUACUAACUGACUUUUGUCGUGAAAUUUGGAAUCAGUAACGGGCUACGGUUUGUAAGUAAAUGCACCCAGCACUGC